GCGGCCGCGGCGCUGCACGCACAUGCCCACCCCGCGUGCUUCCAGGAGGCCGCGGUCCCUGGCGCCGGCGUGCCCGGCCUGCUGGCAGCGCAGGGGGGCGGCCUAGAGGUGCUCCCAGCGCUGCCGCCCGCCAGCACCAAGGAGGCGCGCCUCGCCGAGGACGCCGCUCGCCAGGUCCCCGCCGAGCUGUCCAGGCGCUGCUUGCCGGUCAGGCCUCUGCCGCAGCCCCGUUCGACGCAGGCCACCCCCAGCCUGCUGCGCCCCAUCCUGCCGCUGUGCUCGCGAACAUACACGGACGAGGAGUGCCCGUGGAAGCUCGAGGACGGCCAGCGCCUCCGGAAGACCGCAGAGGCGCCAGAGGCGGAGCCCAGCGCAGAGGAGACCGCCGCCGCCUCUCCGGAGCAGCAGGGCGAGGAGGCCGAGGACGCAGAGGAGGCCGAGGCGCCCGAGGUCGCCGAGGCCUGCGCGGGCGGCCCGGGGCCGCUCGCGGCGCUCGGGGCGCGCGGUGCAAUCGCGGCGCGCGCGGCGCAGGGCGCGAGGUGCUCGCGCCGCCCGCCGACGGGCGGGUGCCGGGCGCUGCAGGGCGCGCGCCGGGGGCGCGCAUUCCUGUGA